AUGGCGGACGCGUUAGCAGCCAAGCUCAAGUCCACAACCUUGAGCGAUGGCUCCAAGAGCGACGAGUGGAAAAAGAGCCUGAACAUUCCCGCCAAGGACAACAGGCAUCAGACUGAGGAUGUCACCAACACGAAAGGUCUCGAGUUUGAAGACUUCGGACUGAAGAGGGAUCUCCUGAUGGGCAUAUUCGAGGCUGGUUUCGAGAAGCCAUCACCCAUCCAAGAAGAGAGCAUCCCAGUGGCCCUGACGGGGCGCGACAUCCUCGCUCGAGCCAAGAAUGGCACAGGAAAGACGGCCGCUUUCGUCGUGCCGGCGCUCGAGAAGAUCAACCCCAAAGUCUCCAAGAUCCAGUGCCUGAUCCUGGUGCCCACACGAGAGCUUGCCAUGCAGACAUCACAAGUCUGCAAGACACUCGGCAAGCACCUUGGCGUCAACGUCAUGGUCACGACCGGCGGGACGACCCUUCGCGACGACAUCUUGCGUCUGCAGGACCCCGUGCACAUAGUUGUCGGCACUCCCGGCCGCAUAUUGGAUCUUGCCGGCAAGAACGUGGCGGACCUCAGCGAAUGCCCCAUGUUCAUCAUGGACGAGGCCGACAAGCUGCUGUCGGUCGAGUUCACGCCCGUCAUCGAGCAGCUCCUGCAGUUCCACCCCAAGGAUCGACAGGUCAUGCUGUUCUCGGCCACUUUCCCCAUCUCGGUCAAGGACUUCUCGGAUAAGAACAUGAUGGACCCCUACGAGAUCAACCUGAUGGACGAGCUCACACUGCGCGGUAUCACGCAAUACUACGCCUUCGUGGAGGAGAAGCAGAAGGUGCACUGCCUAAACACGCUCUUCUCCAAGCUGCAGAUCAACCAGUCCAUCAUCUUCUGUAACUCGACCAACCGUGUCGAGCUCCUAGCCAAGAAGAUCACCGAGCUUGGAUACUCGUGCUUCUACAGCCACGCCAGGAUGCAGCAGCAGGCGCGCAACCGCGUCUUCCACGAUUUCAGGAACGGUGUCUGCAGGAACCUGGUGUGUUCAGACCUGCUCACCCGAGGUAUCGACAUCCAAGCCGUCAACGUCGUAAUCAACUUCGACUUCCCCAAGAACGCCGAGACCUAUCUACACCGUAUCGGUCGUUCUGGCCGUUAUGGCCACCUUGGUCUGGCUAUCAACCUGAUCAACUGGGACGAUCGGUUCAACCUCUACAACAUUGAACGCGACCUGGGCACCGAGAUCCAGCCCAUCCCCUCGACUAUCGAUAAGAGCCUCUACGUUUACGAAAACCCAGAAAGCAUCCCUCGGCCCAUCUCCAACUUCCCAAACCAACAGAACGUGGCUCUAGCUUCAGGCUCAGCUGCCUCCCAACAGUCAUCCGCCCAGUCACGGCCGCCUCAGGAUAACUGGCAGACACAGAACGGCCGGCAGAAUGGUCCCAACCAACAACAACAGCCCCGUCAACCCUACCAGAACAGCAGGAGCAGCGGUGGCACUCGGGGCGGUGGCCGGGGCCGUGGUGGCUUCCAGGGUCAGGGCCAGCAGGGACGCAACCCCAACUUCAGCAACAACUACAGGGGCGGGCGCGGCGGUCAAAACCAAAACCAAGGGGGGCAGCAACAACCUGUGCCGCAAUCCUAA